GUUUUUCUUCGGGCAUUGGGGGUAUCAGGAUCGACGGGCGAGCCUGACGCGUUUUGAUUUUGCUACCGAUUGUUCGAAUUUCGUUUUUUAGAUCUAUCUAGAAUGAAAAAGUUCGUAUUUGUUUAUCAAAAAAAAAAAAGUUCGUAUUUUCUGUGGGUUCUGAACCGGACUCGAUCGUUCUUUCUUUGACGUUUUGUCUGAUUUUGUUGGGCAAAUUAAGGGUUUGCGUUAAUGGCUUGAUGGAGGUUCCGUUUUCUUCGAUUUCUACGUGCAUUGGGUGGAGUUUAAUCUAAAAAGGGAAAAGAAAGAAGGGAUGAUGGUGCGAAAUUAAGCAAAUCGAAUGAAAAAAAUUCUAGAUGUGGAUACAAUGAGUUAGAUUUCUCCCCCUUCCAAUGUUACUUGUAUAAAAAGAGGAGAAAAUGGCACUACGUAGGAGAUGCAAUUAGAUGCUGUUGUUAUUAGAGUCCAAGUUUCCCUGUAGAUACGCUGCAGCAUUUAAACAUCCAUAUCCUUUGCCAUUUUAUUGACACAAGGUUCUUCAAAGUUAUUGAUUAUAGGGUGACAGAAUUGCUUUGCCUUGAAAAGUUGGCCAGAUUUGCCUUUUUCUUAUUUGAUUAAGGGUUUUCAGUCUGAAAUUUGAAGGUAUUGCCAUUUCAAAUAGGGUUCAAAGUCACUUGUCAUUCUACACAAUCCCUUAUGUUUGAAGGUGGGGACAAGCUGUAUAUGGCUAACACAUUUGUACCCACCAAAUUUUUAUCUAGUCACCCACAGAUACCCUUUUGCUUGAAAUUUUUAUCUAUUUGACUGCUCAAUUUACAAUUUUUUUUAGUGUACAAGCAGGACCCCUCAUAAUUCAUUCAUGACAGCUUAUGAUUUUUUUAAAAAACCCACAUAAGAGUUUCAAGCAAGGUCAAGGAAUAAUAAAGUCUUGCCAUUUCAGAUAAGGUAUGGAAUUUCUGUACUUUUACAGUGAUCCCUUGCACAUGGGCUCAGGCAAGGAGAACCUGUAAUUGGUAGAAGGUUAUUCCUACCCACCAAGUUAUUGUCAAGCUAUACAUCAGAUGCCCAACUUGAGUUAUCAUGAAGGAUUUAUGCAUUCUUCCUCUUUAACUGUUCCAAUUGUAGUUUUAACACAGAUGCAUGUAUACCAAAUACACUCGUCAUAGCUAUAAAUUAUAGAAUUCUCUUUAGCACCUACAAGGCCUAAGAAGUGAUGAUUCUUGCAUUUAAGGCAAGGUAGAGUUGCUGUUCCUUUUAAUUGUUCGCACAUUUGGGCUUGGAAAAUGAGUAGCCAAAAAUGGUCAAAUAGGUCAUUUACAGCCCCUAAUGGCCGUCUUGUUCUGGCAAUAAAAUUGAUGCUAAUCUCACUUUAAACAGCAUGAAAGAUUUGUUUACUUUCCUUUCUGACGGUGCCAUUAGCAAUUUCAAUACAGAUGCAAGUGUGCGCCAAAACUGUAAAUUGCUUAUGCUGUAUGAAAUUUUCUGUAACAGUCAAUGCCUUAAUUGUGUUUCCUGUAAAAGAUUUGAUGACUAAUGAAGUCAUGCAAUUUGAGAUAAGGUUUAGGGUUACUAUUCAUUUUUUGUGAUCCAUUGCGUUUGGGCUUAGGUGAGGAGAAACUAUAAAUGGUUAAAAGGUAUGGAGUUUGUUGAUGAGCGGAGAGUAUCAUGUUGCAGUGCCUAGAAGGACUUAAGCACUUCUAUGCUGUUCUGUUGAAGUGCUGUGAUCUGGACCUAUAUAAGCAGCCAAAGGGCCUUGAAGACCCUGAACUUUUGGCCAGGGAAACAGUUUUUAGUGUAAGUGAAAUUGAAGCACUAUAUGAGCUGUUUAAAAAGAUCAGCAGUGCUGUGAUUGAUGAUGGGUUGAUCAACAAGGAAGAGUUUCAAUUGGCUUUGUUCAAAACUAACAAAAAGGAGAGCUUGUUUGCUGAUCGGGUAUUUGACUUGUUUGAUACGAAACACAAUGGAAUCCUAGGAUUUGAAGAGUUUGCACUUGCUCUCUCUGUAUUUCAUCCGAAUGCUCCAAUUGAUGAUAAGAUAGAGUUUUCUUUCCAACUGUACGAUCUCAAGCAGCAAGGGUUUAUUGAAAGACAAGAGGUGAAGCAAAUGGUAGUCGCUACGCUUGCUGAAUCGGGCAUGAAUCUUUCUGAUGAAGUCAUAGAAAGUAUUAUUGACAAGACUUUUGAAGAAGCUGAUACAAAACAUGAUGGAAAAAUUGACAAGGAAGAGUGGCGUAGCCUUGUCUUGAGACAUCCUUCUUUGCUAAAGAAUAUGACCCUCCAAUAUCUCAAGGACAUCACCACCACCUUCCCAAGUUUUGUGUUCCACUCUCGAGUUGAUGACACCUGAGUUUCUGAUCCAGUGCAAGUUCAAGGAUCAGCAGGGAUAUUCGUGAUGGUUUGUUAGCCUCUGUUAUAGGAGCAUCAUAAUUUGACCAUGCCUAGGAGAAUACUGUUGGAAAAUAUUUGUUGUUAAGAAAAAUAUUGACUUUAUUUCUUUUUCGAUAUUCUUGUAGAAAAUGUUACUUCAAUAUCCUUGUAGUAUGAUUUGUAAUUGCUUUUGUUUAUGAAGGACUUGUAUUAUGUACAAAAGUUGCAUUACUUUA